CUAGAAUAAAUACAUAUACAAAAAUAUACCAAUAAAAAUACCAAUUAUUUUAUUUUUUGUAAGAAAAAAUAAGAAAGAUCAUCAGAAUGUUGGGUCCGCACUCAUUCCUAAUAUGUGCAUAACACUGCUGCCAAAACAUGCGAAGCUGAUAAGCUCCUAAAAAAAAUAAAAAUUGAGAAAAGGAAAAAGAGAAGUAGAGAACUAUGAACUCAAAGAACGGUCCCACCCCGCACCAUUCCAAAGAUUGUAAUUAAUAAUUUAUCAUCUGUUUUUCCCUUUUUUUUCUUGUAGAUCCUUCUCUUUAUAAAACCCUUUUGUCACCUCUUCUUUCCUCAUAAUAUCACAUCAUAGCCUAAACUAAAGACAUAAACCCUUAUUUUGCGAUCCCAACUUGUGUUGUUCAUCACCAAGCCAAGCUCCAUGGCCUAGUCACUCCGCAGAAUCCCUAUCAUCAAUUCAUUCAAACUUAGUUCCUUUCAAAUUCUUGUACAUAUAUAUAUACACACUCGUGUUGUUCUCUCGGUGUGUGUGUGUGUUACAUAUCCGUGUGAAUACAGUUUGUUGUAAAAGUGGAUCGGAGGUAUGGAAAGGGACCGGUUCCACAGGAAACAUCGGCGGCGGCGGAUGAGAAUCCAUCUUGGAACGAGACUGAUGUCAACGCCAUGGUCUCCGCUCUCAGCCGUGUCAUCGAGAAUCCGACAGACCCGCCGGUCAAACAAGAGCUUGAUAAAUCGGAUCAACUUCAACAAGACCAAGAUCAACCAAGAAGAAGACACUAUAGAGGCGUAAGGCAGCGACCAUGGGGCAAAUGGGCGGCGGAAAUCCGUGAUCCAAAGAAAGCAGCCCGUGUCUGGCUCGGGACUUUCGAGACAGCAGAGGAAGCUGCUUUAGCCUACGACCGAGCCGCCCUAAAAUUCAAAGGUACCAAGGCUAAACUAAACUUCCCUGAACGGGUCCAAGGCCCUACUACCACAACAACCAUUGAUCAUGCAUCAAGAGGAGUUAGUGAAUCAAUGAACUCCCCACCUAUUCGGCCUGGUCCACCUUCUUCUACUACAACUACUACUUCGUGGCCAAUGACGUAUAACCAGGACAUCCUUCAAUACGCUCAGUUGCUUACGAGUAACAAUGAGGUUGAUUUAUCGUACUACACGUCGAGUCUCUUCAGUCAGCCUUUCUCUACUCCUUCUUCAUCUUCUUCUUCCUCCCAACAGUCGCAGCAGCAGCAACAACAACAACAACAGCAACAGCGUGAAGAAGAAGAGAAGAGCUAUGGUUACCAUUAUUAUAACUACCCAAGAAAAUAAUCUAAUUAUUAUUGUCAGUCGAAUCAGUUUUAUAAAUCGCUACCAUUUUCGUUUCAUUUUUGGUUUCCGUAACCGUUGUUGCAUGGGAAAUAUGAAUGAACGAGAGACGUGUGUAACAAUUUGUUUUUGUUUCGUAAUUGUUAGUUAAAUUUGGAUUUGCAUGCAGAAGUUUGAUUUUCUGAAA